AGCUCCGUUUUGGCGAAAAAUUCUCGCCCGAGAGUUCGAUCGCGAGCCUUUCGACGGAUUGCGAGAAUGGCCAAGAACCUACAUCAGAACGGCAUAAUACCGGGAGGCGGCAUGGCGACCGGUCCGGAUGAUUUUUCGGAUGGUGAAAGCACUCCUCUGACUCAGGACUAUGCCGGAAGCCAACGCACGAUCGUCGAGACGAAAGGAUGGGACGUGUUCCGGAAUCCGCCAAUGAAGACUGACUCGUACUCGGGCUCCAUGGCAAACCAGAAAUGCCUGGAGAGGAUGGUGCAGGUGAUCAAGGUCCUCGUCUAUCUGCUCGUUUUCGUCAUAGUGCUGGGAAGCGGCGUGGUCGCCAAGGGCACGAUUCUCUUCAUGACGUCGCAGCUACGACAGGACAGGAAAAUCCUCUACUGCAACAGGCAAUUAGACCGAGAGAAUCAGUACAUAGUGACGCUGCCCGAGGAGGAGAGGAUCGCGUGGAUAUGGUGCAUUAUAAUCGCGUUCGCGGUGCCGGAGUUCGGCACGCUGGUACGCAGCAUCCGCAUGUGCAUCUUCAAAUCGUGGAAGAAGCCGCAGUUGGCGCAUCUUCUCGUGGUUUCCCUCAUGGAGACGUUUCACGUGAUGGGCCUGGCCUUGAUGUUCCUGGCGGUGCUGCCGGAAUUGGACGUCGUCAAGGGGGCGAUGCUGACCAACUGCGUGUGCUUCGUUCCCGGAUUGCUCGGCCUACUUUCCCGUAACAAAAGUAAAGACGAGUCCAAACGAUUCGUCCUCGUUCUCGUCGACAUCGCCGCCCUGGCCGCCCAGGCGACCAGCUUCGUCCUCUGGCCCUUCCUGGACAGCUCGAGACGGUCCCUAUGGCUGAUUCCCGUCGCGCUGAUACUCGUCUCCUGCGGCUGGUGGGAAAAUUACGUCUCCACGCAGAGCCGGAUCGCUCUAAUCAGAUCGCUCGGCAGAGUGAAGAAGGAGAUGCGGCUGACGCGUUACUUCACCUACAUGCUCGUAUCCGUCUGGAAGAUCGUGGCGUUCCUCAUCAGCUCGCUGCUGAUACUGCACCUCAAAGGGGAGAACGUAGGGCAUCUCUUCACCAUGUUUAGCAGCGCCUUCGGCGACCACAAGAUCACGGUCACGUCCAUCAAGUCGAUAACCGGCGGCGCUCUGCCCGAUCUCUCGGAUAUUCUGACGGGCGACAUCACCGAGGUCGUCAACGCCGACUUCAACACGCCCGUCUUCGUCCUCCUACUGCAGAUCGCCGGCGCUUACUUCGCCUACGUGUUCGGCAAGUUCGCGUGCAAGAUCCUGAUUCAGGGCUUCAGCUACGCGUUCCCGGUGAAUCUCACCAUACCGGUGUCGAUCUCGCUGCUGAUCGCCGCAUGCGGCCUCCGCAACAACGACCCGUGCUUCUUCCACGGCACCAUACCGGAUUAUCUGUUUUACGAGUCGCCGCUGCCGAACUUCCUCAACGACUUCGUGUCGAAGCAGUACGCCUGGGUGUGGCUGCUGUGGCUGCUGUCGCAGACCUGGAUCACUCUGCACAUCUGGACACCAAAAUGCGAGCGUCUCGCGGCCACGGAGAAGCUGUUCGUCGUGCCGAUGUACGACUCGCUGCUGAUCGACCAGUCGAUGGGUCUCAACCGGAGGAGGGACGACCAGCCGGAAGUCAAGGUCGAAGAUCUCGCGGAGAUAGAAAAGGAGAAGGGCGACGGCGACUACGAAACGAUCUACGAGCAGACGGACGGCUCGACCACACCUCCGUCCGCGGUGAAGAGCAGCGAUCACGUAACCAGGAUCUACGCUUGCGCUACCAUGUGGCACGAGAACAAGGAGGAGAUGAUGGAGUUCCUGAAGAGUAUCCUGCGCUUGGACGAGGACCAGUGCGCGCGGCGCGUCGCCCAGAAGUACCUCAAGGUCGUCGAUCCCGAUUAUUACGAAUUCGAAACUCAUAUAUUCUUCGACGACGCGUUCGAGCUGUCCGAUCACGACGAGAACGAGUCGCAGGUGAACAGGUUCGUGAAACUGCUGGUCGGCACGCUGGACGAGGCCGCGUCGGACGUGCACAAGACGAGGAUGCACGUGAGGGCGCCGAAAAAGUAUCCGACCCCGUACGGCGGACGACUGGUCUGGACCCUUCCCGGAAAGACGAAGAUGAUCGCCCAUCUGAAGGACAAGAGCAAGAUUCGGCACAGGAAGCGAUGGAGUCAGGUAAUGUACAUGUAUUACCUGCUCGGUCAUCGGCUAAUGGAACUACCGAUCAGCGUCGAUCGCAAGGAAGUCAUCGCCGAGAAUACGUUUCUGUUGACGCUCGACGGGGAUAUCGACUUUCAGCCAGCGGCGGUGAAGCUUCUCGUGGACCUGAUGAAGAAGAAUAAGAACCUGGGCGCCGCUUGCGGUCGCAUUCAUCCAGUCGGUUCCGGGCCAAUGGUGUGGUAUCAAAUGUUCGAGUACGCGAUCGGUCACUGGCUGCAGAAGGCCACCGAGCACAUGAUCGGCUGCGUGCUCUGCAGCCCCGGAUGCUUCUCGCUGUUCCGCGGCAAGGCACUGAUGGACGACAACGUGAUGAAGAAGUACACGACCAGGUCCGACGAGGCGAGGCACUACGUGCAGUACGAUCAGGGGGAGGACCGCUGGUUGUGCACGUUGCUGCUGCAACGUGGAUACAGGGUGGAAUAUUCCGCAGCGAGCGACGCUUACACCCACGCACCGGAAGGAUUUAACGAAUUUUAUAAUCAACGACGCCGUUGGGUGCCUUCGACCAUUGCGAAUAUUAUGGAUCUGCUAAUGGAUGCGAAACGCACGAUCAAAAUCAACGACAAUAUCUCGCUGCCUUACAUCUCGUAUCAAAUCUUACUGAUGGGCGGUACGAUUCUGGGACCCGGCACGAUCUUCCUCAUGUUGGUGGGUGCCUUCGUGGCGGCCUUCAAAAUCGACAACUGGACCAGCUUCUACUACAACAUCAUUCCCAUCUUGCUCUUCAUGAUCGUCUGCUUCACGUGCAAAGCGAACAUACAGCUUCUAUGCGCCCAGAUCCUGUCGACGGCGUACGCGAUGAUCAUGAUGGCGGUGAUCGUAGGUACCGCCCUACAGCUCGGCGAGGACGGCAUAGGCUCGCCCUCGGCGAUCUUCCUAAUAUCAUUGUCGAGCUCAUUCUUCAUAGCGGCCUGCCUGCACCCGCAGGAAUUCUGGUGCAUCGUGCCCGGCAUCAUAUACCUGUUGUCCAUUCCGUCUAUGUACUUGCUCCUCAUACUGUACUCCAUCAUCAAUCUUAAUGUUGUGUCCUGGGGCACCAGGGAGGUCCAAACGAAAAAGACCAAGAAGGAACUCGAGCAGGAGAAGCGGGAGGCGGAGGAGGCGAAGCGCAAGGCCAAGCAGAAAUCCCUGCUGGGCUUCCUGCAGAACGGCGCGGGCACCAACGACGACGAUCAGGGCUCCAUCGAGAUAUCGCUGGCCGGCUUGUUCAAGUGCUUGCUGUGCACCCACGGCAAGCCGUCCGCCGAGAAGCAGCAGCUCGUGGCGAUCGCCGAAUCACUCGAGCAGCUCGGCAAGAGACUCGAGACCAUCGAGAGAGCGGUGGACCCUCACAGCCACACUUCCGGACGAAGGAGGGCGUCCUCCGUGGGUUCGCGCACCGCCGACCACCUGGGUGCCAUCGGCGAGGAUCCCGAGGACGAGGAGGGCAGCGAGACGGAGACGGUGACCAGUCAGAAUACCGAGGGUCAUCGCGACGUCAGCAACUUCCUCUCGCGACCGUACUGGCUGAGCGACGACGGCCUGAAGAAGGGCGAGGUCGACGUGCUGUCGCCGCAGGAGGAGCACUUCUGGAAGGAUCUGCUGGAGAAGUAUCUCUACCCGAUCGACGACGACAAGGCGGAGAAGGCACGAAUCGCCAAAGAUCUAAAGGACCUACGCGACCAGAGCGUCUUUGCGUUUUUUAUGAUGAACGCCCUCUUCGUCCUGAUCGUCUUUCUGCUGCAAUUGAACAAAGACUUGUUGCACAUCAAGUGGCCAUUCGGCAUCAAGACGAACGUCACAUAUGACCAUACCACAAUGGAGGUGCACAUCUCGAAGGAGUACCUGCAACUCGAGCCGAUCGGCCUUGUGUUCGUCUUCUUCUUCGCGCUGAUAUUGGUCAUACAAUUCACCGCGAUGUUGUUCCACCGAUUCGGCACGCUGGCUCACAUUCUGGCCAGCACCAGCUUAGACUGUUGCAAGAAGACGAAGGAUCUCUCCGAGGAGGCCUUGCUGUCGAAACACGCGGUCGACAUAGUGAGAGAUCUCCAGAGGCUGGACGGGAUAGAAGGCGACUACGAGGAGGGCAGCGGUAGCGGGCCCGGUAGACGAAAAACGAUCCGAAACCUGGAGAAGAGUCGCAGGAAGACGCAGGCGAUCAACACGCUCGACGUCGCCUUCAGGCAACGUUUCUUCAGCAUGAACGAGGGCGCGGGCCUUUCGAGGAACAUGUCAACGCGACGCGAGGCGUUCAAGGCGUUCGAGGGCAGGCGCAACAGCAUAAUAGCGAUGCGCCGGAAGUCGCAGAUGCAGACCCUGGGCGCGAACAACAUCUACGGCGUGGCGGGCAACCCCCUCGGGAUCCAGGGCCGGCCGUCGCGCAGCAGUCAGAUAUCCGUGAAGGACGUGUUCGAGGGCCACCCGGCCGCGACGUCGGCGUCGGGCCACGUGAACGCCGGCUACGAGGGCGACGACAGCCCCGGCAACAGCCUGCGGCUGCAGAACCUCGGCGGCAGCCAGGUCACGUGGCGAGAGGCGAACUCCAACGUGUGACCGCAACCACCACGGCCGUCUGUUGCGACGAAUUAACGAAGAAUUUAUUUAUCCGCGCGCAAAUUUAUUUAUCGAACUGCUCAUUUUUCCGAAUCAAGUCUCUGCCGAAUCGGACCUUUAAAAAAAAAUUGCACAAAAGUUUCGUACCGCUUCUCGCGGUUUUCUUUUCUUUUUCAAUGCGAAUUUGGAUCUCCGAAAAACAGUCUUAAAAGAGGGAGGCUGUUUUGAGAUUAUAUGGAUCAGUGACGCUACUCGAAAAGAUGUAUGAUAAAAAUCAGUGCAAUUUUUUUUUUUAAUAUAGAUCGAAGACUGUUUGGAAAUGAGUUCUUCAAGUUAUCAGCUGAUCCAGAAGAUCUGUGCGAUUUUUAAUGUUUUAACUAGGAUUCGACGCUCCGUUAACUGUCAUACUCGCCAGGGAAUAAUUUUUAUUAAUAGAAAAAACGAAGAGUCGCACGAAUUUAGCUAACAAACACGAUCGCGUUCCCUUUCACAUUUUCUUGCAUAUGUAUUUCCACACACUUUUCUACAAUUUUUAACAUUCCGUUUGUCAUUAUCGCAUUUUUAAUCGUCCGUCGAGAUUCAUAAAGAAGUACAUCCUGUAUCGUAACGUUAAAUUAAAAUAGGUAUGUUACCUUUUCUUCUUUUAACUGCACUUUCUGUAUAUUUUUCUGCGCCUGUUUACCUCCUUCCAACUCUCGGGAGAGGGUAAAUUUAAAUAAAUAUCUUAUCUUUAAUUAUAAAUGCAGAAAAUACAAUGUAACGCAGUUAAAAGAAGCGGACCUAAUUUUCGCAUUGUCACUGUUAUUUUAAGAUAAACUGACAGUGACCGCGAUGAUUACGCUUACUCCCUCCUUUUUUUUUGCAUAUGUGAUAAGGCCGAUAUUUAAACUUAGAAACUUGUGUGUAUGAGUGCGUGAAUAGGUAUGUAUGUGAAUUGCACGUGCAAUUAUUUGAGGACUGUGUGCGCGUUCACGCAGCACAGAACGUUCUAGUAAUACUGCAGCAAUCAACGUUGCAAUAUUGCUGUAAUAACAUUAACUUUUGUGCUAUAAGGACGUGUAAAAUAAGAAUAAUAGUAAAGGAAUAAUAAUAGUAAUAAUUAAUACCACAGA